CAAUUAACUUUUUAUUGAAUUUCUGAUAAUAAAUAAAAAAUUGUUAUUAAUUUCUCUGAAAAAUGUAUUUAUUAUACUUAUUGCCACUCAUAGCUAUAGUGAAUGGAAACACCAUUUACUUCAAUGAUUACCCAAUUGAUGACUACCUGGAGGUGAAACAGUCGCGAAACUUUACGGGCAAAUCCAUUUUGGUGACCGGAAGUAGUUCUGGCAUUGGGGAGGGUAUUGUCAAACUGUUCUCCAUAUUAGGCGCUCAGGUAGUGGUCACCGGUAGGAAUGUCACCGAAAUCGAUAAAGUAGCCAAAGAAGUGGAGGAAUUGUCGCCCUAUCAUCUCAAACCAUUGAAAGUAAGGGCAGAUUUGACUAAAAGUGAUGAUUUGCAACUCCUAUUGAAUGAGACGAUCAAAGCUUACGGAAAGAUUGAUGUAUUGGUGAAUAACGCGGGCGUCGGCUCUAUGUCUCAACUGAUGGACAAAGACUUUAUGAAGAGCUACGACAAUGUCGUCAAUAUAGACCUCCGGGCAGUCGUGGCGUUGAAUCAUUUAGCCGUCCCCUACCUCAUGGAAACUAAUGGAUCUAUUAUUCAUAUUUCUAGUAUCGCUUCUUUGGCACCGAAUAACCUGGGUUUGGACUACGCUAUGGCUAAGGCGGCUAUGGAUAUGAUGACCAAGGUUAUGGCACUAGAAUUGGGGCCAUACAUUCGAGUCAAUACUUUAAGUCCCGGUGCUAUACUUACCGAUAGUUUCCGUGACAGUAAAGUCCCAAUUAUUGUGAAACUGAGGGAAAGAGCUCUACAUAACGCUCCCCUUAAGAGAUUUGGUGAACCCCUGGACAUCGCAAAGGGGGUGGCAUUCCUGGCCUCAACCGAUGCCCAGUUUAUUACCGGAACUGAUUUGGUGAUCGAUGGCGGCCUGUCCUGGAAUUACGGCGGAAUUAUCGAAUAAAUUGUAGCUAGGACAUUCAGUAAAGUAUAUUUAUAGUGAUAUUAUAAUUAAAAUUGAAAACUAAUUAUCAA